AUGUCUUUCGUUCGCGCAUCGUUCACCGCUCGUACCGCCCUCCAAAACGCCAGGCGGUACUCUACCGCCCCUCCGACGACCACAAAGUCGAGCAACCUCCCGUAUUGGCUCAUUGGCGGCGGUGUUGUUGGCAUUGCCGGCUACCUCUACCUCGACCGCUCUCCCACCGCCUCUGCCUCCCUCAAGCCCAAAAUCUCUGACCAGAGCCCCCUCGACCCCCAGAACUUCAAGGACUUCAAGCUCAAGAAGGUCGAGCCUUACAAUCACAACACUGCAAAGUACAUCUUUGAGCUCCCUCCCGACUCCGCUUCUCUCCUUCCCAUUGCUUCUUGUGUCGUCGUCAAGUCUGCAGACGACGCUCCCAACCCCCUUCUCGACCCCAAGGGCAAGCCCGUCAUCCGUCCCUACACCCCCAUCUCUCCCUCCGACCUCCCUGGCGAGCUUACGUUCCUCAUCAAACGCUAUGACCAGGGCAAGAUGUCCAAGUACAUCCACGACCUCAAGAUUGGCGAGUCCCUCGCCAUCAAGGGGCCCAUUCCCAAGUUCGAAUACAAGAUCAACCAGUUCGACCAGGUUGGCAUGAUUGCCGGCGGCAGCGGCAUCACGCCCAUGUACCAGAUCCUCGACUACGCCCUCAAGGAUCCUUCCAACAAGACGCGCUUCACCCUCAUCUUCGCUAACGCGACUGAGAAGGAUAUCCUCCUCAAGGAGGAGUUUGACGCGCUCAAGAAGAAAUAUCCCCAGACGUUCAACGUCGUUUACACCAUUGACAAGCCAGAGACCAGCGAUUGGAAGGGUCCCGUUGGUUACAUCAACAAGGAACUCAUUGCGCAACACAUUCCCCCGGCAGACCUCGGCGAGAAGACCAAGAUUUUCGUUUGUGGUCCUCCUGGUCAAGUCAAUGCACUUGCUGGCAAGAAGGAAGGCAUGAAACAAGGUGCUCUCAGCGGAGUCCUAAAGGAGCUCGGCUACAACGAGGACCAGGUGUUCAAGUUCUAAAUAGCAUAUAGUUGUACUCUUUCAUGCUGUGCACGAUUAAUCCAUUAUGUCAGUCGUCUAGUUCUUACCGCGAGCGCAGAAUAACCGGUGCAGGCGCUCGUUCGGCAUCUGCCGCCGCCUUAUACUUCAGGACUUCGAUGACGUGCAAGCUGUAUCGAGUACAAGACUGUCCUUGUACGCGUUCAGGGUCCUAAUAUGAGACCUACAUAACAAAAUUGC